AUGGGAAUUCUUGAAGAAAAACUUUGACUGAACUCUCAGCUAAAUAGGAUUAAAAGAAGGGAAUUUAGCGGUAGCAACCCAACAGAGAGAAAUAUAGCGAGAACUCUAGCCGAACUACGUGACGCCAAGCAAUGAAUUCAGAUUUUUGGAGCAUCGAUGGGGAUAAGUAUAAGCUGAAUUAUAUUUCGGCAUAUCAUCAAUCCUAAAUUAAAGAUUUUUAGCUCAAUUUGUAUGGUGUUGGCGUGCCGAGAGUUUGCUUAUUCUUACUUUCAUGAAGAUUUUAUGAAUGCAGUCAAAGAAGUGCUGCAAGAUUAUGAAGAAUCUGAAUAA